ACUCCCCAAAGCGACCACCCUCUCGCUCUCUCCAGCUGUAGCUCUGCUCCUUUAAAACCCACGUUCACUCUUGGUAAGAGUGAAUCUUCUUAACAUCUCCGACCUGCUAACUCCUCCCGUCUUCCUCCUAGACGCCUUCAUUGUGCUUAAGGUUAUAACGACCCCUGAUAGCUGCGCCUGCGAUUGUGUCUCUGUGCAAGUCAGUCGCUAGCACUGUGUAUGGGGAGUGUGUCUGGUGUGUUUAUAUAUAAGUGAGUAAGCUAUAUGAAAACACGUGCAUGUGAUUUUAUUUUGCACGUGUAUGAGUGUGUGUAGGUUUGUCCUUGUGUGUAUUUGUAAGUACAUAUAUCAUACAUGUGAGUGCAUGCAUGUUGGUAUUUGUGCGUGUGUCUACUAGAAUGUGGGUGCAUAUCGGUGCAUGUGUCUGAUGGUGUGCUUUGCUAACAGCACUUGCCCCAACAGUCUGUUACAGGCUACACGGGGAAUCUUUGUCUUUGUGCGUGAGUCUUUAGAUUAGAACCAGGUACAUCUUGAGAGUCGAUUCACCUCUUGACACAUUUUAAUCUAUAAGAUAAUAAUUAUACAUUUAACACAGGCGCUGUGAUUGUAAAAUUAGCCUUCACCAAAUGUACGCGUAUAUUCGGUAUAUAUUCUAAACUCUUUGCAUCUUGAUCACCAAUUGUUAUUAAGCACGUGUAAUAUUUGUUUUUAUUCUUAAUUAUCUACAGCUGCAAUAGCAUUCAGCGGGAGAGUUAAAUCAAUUUCACAAAAUGUGCGGACAAAUGGUGAAUCUGGCAAACGUGACAGCGCUCUCAAUGUGAGUAUCAUUUUGCUCAGCAGACUUGAGAGACUUUCUUUGCUUAGCUUCCAGAGCAAAGUUGUUGAAUAUUGUAGCCGCUGCUGCUGCUACUGCUGCUUAUUUCGACGAGAGCUUCCCAUUCGUAUCGAGGUCGCCUGAUGCGCAAUUUGUAAUUUGCCAACAUUGAUGGCAAACGCGGCUGAUCGUCAUGAAAAUAACAUUCGAACAAAUUAAGAAUCAACGCAAUAUUAACACUAAUAACAGAAAGGUUGUAGACACUAUAGAUUUAAUCUGCGAAAAAAUAAACUCUCUAACUACAACAUCGAAGCAAUUAACUAGGCCAGGUUAAUGUUGAAGGGGCUAUUGAUUCACGACACGGGGGAUAGGCGUCGGGCGCAGCCCUGAAAUUCCUUUUCUCAGCUCACUGCUUGCGGAACAGGGUGGGGGUCUGCCACCAGAGGCAGCUAUUAAAGAACCAGAAGGUGGAAUAGAAGGGGGGGGGGGGUGAAUAAAACGAACAUUCGAUUUUUAGAGCCGCAGAAAUUCACAAAUGUGUCCGCGCGACUGCCAUCCGUCUCUGUCCCUCUUCCUGCUGCUGCUCCUGCUCCUCUUGCCGCCACCGCUGCCGUUGUUGAUUGAGGGGAGCCCCGUGGGGGUGGUGGGGGGGCCCGUGUCUCUGGGGGGCUCCUCGGCCCCCCACCGCGUGCGCUAUUCCCACGCUGGGCUGUGUCCGAACGAGGUGAACCCCAACCUCUGGGUCGACGCGCAGAGCACCUGCGAGAAGGAAUGCACGGCCGACCACGUGUGUGAGAACCACGAGAAAUGCUGCCAGAACGUGUGCGGCUCUCGCAGCUGCGUGGCUUCCCGCUUCGUGGCCCCUUCCACCUCCUCCUCCUCGUACUCGGCCGACGAGAGGAGACCCCCUUUUGGGAGACAACGGGGACCGGGAGCCACCUGCGCCCGGGUCAUCUGCGCCCAGCAGGGGUCACGAUGCGACCUAUGGGAUGGGCAGCCAAUCUGCAGGUGCAGGGACCGCUGUGAGCCGGACCCCAGCUUCACGUGCGCGUCAGAUGGCCUCACCUACUACAACCGCUGCUACAUGGACGCCGAGGCGUGCAACAAGGGGGUCGCGCUAGCGGUCGUGCCCUGCAGGUUUCAGCUAUCCUGGUCAGCUGCCUCUUCCGAGUCCAGCACGCAGGUAUCGAACCAAUCCCUCGGGGGAUCAGAGGCCACUUCAAUCAACUCUCCCACACCCGCCACUACCGCCCAGCCAGACUCCGGAAGACUGGGCCAUGAUGAACCUCCCCGGGCCCCGGCAGAAGAAGUCGUGGCCCCCGUUCUCCUGUCGAACCCAGUCCACCAGGUGAUCCGCGCCGGAGGCACGGUGAGCUUCGUGUGUGGUAUCGGAACUCGCUCCAAGGCCGAGGUGACGUGGGAGAAGCAGCUGCAGCACCCACAGAGCCGGCACGGCGCCGGCGGCAGCACCGCCGCUGCCACCAGCGCAGUAGCAGCGGCAGCAGCAGCAGGAGGGGCAAGAGGUUCAACAAGAGGAGGUGGUGGUGCUGCUGGUGGUGCUGCGGGUGGUGAUGGUGCUGCUGGUGGUGGUGCUGCUGGUGGUGCUGCUGGUGGUGGUGAUGCUGCUGGUGGUGGUGGUGCUGUUGGUGGUGGUGGUGCUGCUGGUGGUGCUGGCGGCGAGACUCCCGAGUUUGUUGGACUAGGCCCCUCCGGGGCGGACGCGGUGAUCGUGAUGAGGCCCGACCACGUGUACGGCAAUGCCGUGGUGACCAACAUCGGGCAGCUGGUCAUCUACAACGCGCGCCAGGAGGACAGCGGCAGCUACACGUGCCUCGUGUCGAACCGCGCCGGCGCCGUCCGGGCCAGCUUCACUCUCUCCGUCAUCCCAUUUCCUCCCGCGUCCUCCUCUUCCUCCUCAUCGUCUGGCCACAACAGCAACAACCACCACCACAGCCAUCACCAUCAUCUUCAUCACCACAGCUACCACCAGCAGCAGCAUCACCAGAAUCAUCAGCAGGACUUUUGUCAUCAGCCGGCGGACCGCUACGCGGGCUGCGGAGGCAAUCAGCACGUCUUCUGGUUUUAUGACGCGCGGCGCAAUGGGUGUUACACUUUCCUCCGGGGCGACUGCAGGAGAUCGGCAUCAAGCAGUGGUGGAGGUGGUGGCGGUGGUGGUGGAGGAGGACACAGAGGCUUCGUGCAAGGAGCUGCAGGAAGCAGGCCUCCUCAAGGUGCUGCGUCUCCACCACGAGCCGCAGCGUCUGCUCAAGGUGACAAUUUUGGACAAGCGUGGGGUGCUGCCGCUGCUGCUGCUGCUGCUACUGGUGGUGGUGCUGAUGGUGGCGGUCUCAAUAGAAGACCCUCCCCAUUUUCUUCACUGUCAUUAUCUGGUGGUGGUGGCGGUGUUGGCGGUGCUGACAGCGGUGACGACGAUGCAUUGGGAUCAUCUCCAUCAUCAUCAUCAUCUUCUUCUUCGGCAGCCGCAGCAGCAUCGACAGGAGGCCCGUCUGGCGGCACCACCACCACGACCAUCGGAGGCCACAGCAACGCGUUCGAGACGCACGAGGACUGCCGCGCCGCAUGCGUCAACGAGACGGCACGCGUGUGCUCGCUGCCUCCCGUGCAGGGCCCCUGCAAGGCGUGGGAGACGCGGUGGAGCUACAACCCGCUGGGCAAGCGCUGCGCCACCUUCCUCUACGGGGGCUGCGAGGGCAACGGCAACAGCUUCGCGAGCCGCUCGGCGUGCGAGCGCGCGUGUCCCCUGACCUCCGGCACCUCCGUCGGCUCGCCACCGGCCUCCUCAUUCUCCUCCUCUUUGUCUUCCUCGGCGGCGGCGGCAGCGGCGUCGUCGUCGUCUUCGUCCGUUUGCCGGCCGUGCAGGACGAAGAACAAAAUCGUGCCGAGUUUCUGCCGCAGCGACUUCGCCAUCGUCGGGCGGAUGCUCGAGGUGGUGGACGAUGGCACGGACGCGGGCCUCGUGCGCUUCACGGUCGACGAGGUGCUUAAGGACGACAAGAUGGGCCUCAAGGCAUUCAAUAUCAAGCUGCUGGAGAUCACCAUGCUGCAGGUCGACUGGGGCUGCCCGUGCCCCAACAUCACCAGUGCGGAGGCCGGCCCCUUGCUGGUGAUGGGCGAGGUGCAGGAGGGCAUCGCCGUGCUCUACCCCGACAGCUACGUGAGAGCCGUGAGCGAGCGCCGGGCCCGGAAGCUCUACGAGGUGGUGGACAGGAAGACCUGCGACCUCCUGCAGAGGUUUCACGACUAGAGGGUGGUAGUGGUGGUCGUGGUGCUGGUGCUGGUGACGAUGAAUGGUGGUGGUAGUGGUCAUGGUGGUGGUAGUGGUGGUGGUGAUGAGUGGUGAUGGUGGUGGUGGUCAUGGUGGUGAUAGUGGAGGGUGUGAAAAUUAUGGUGAUUAUUGAUGGUGGUUUUGCUGAUGGUGUUCCUGAAAAUUAUUGUGAUCAACAAAGAUGGUGGACGUAAUGUUGGUGGUGAGGAUGGUGGUGGUUGCAGUUUUGGUGGUGAUUGUGGUGGUUAUGGUUGUGAUGGUAGCAAUGGCAAUGGUGGUGGUGAUCAUGAUGGCUUUGUU